GAUUGUCAUGACUGUCAUCAGUCAGUGAGAGUGCGAGUAUAAACAAAGAAGUAACCGCCAAUUUGUAUUCUUAUAAAUCCCCAUUUAGUUCUUUCGUAUUGUUAUAAUAAGCCUCACCAAAGUAACUACUUGUAUGUAGUUGGGAAGAUGAAAACCGAGCAAUCCAAAAAAGUUGUUAUCAGUGUGGAUACUGACGUUCAGCAGGAAAAUGCCAAAAAUGUCAGAAGAGGAUUGAAAACCCUGCAGCCGACAUCUAUAGACAAGGAAAAUCUGGCUGGACGAUCACUGCCGAAAAAAGACAACAAAAUUUUAAAUAACGCUGAAUCUAAACCUAAGCCCAUGCUGAUAAACAAAGAAACCCAAACUGAAAAAUACAUUUUAAACAUUGACGAUCUGACUGGAGAGGAACCAUCUGCAGAGUACUGGAAGGCAUUGGCAGAAACCAGACAAGAGUCAAUUGAUGAAAUUAUGCACGAAGUUGAAAAACUCAAAGGGAAUAUAUCAGUCCUGCAGGAGGAAAACAAAAUAUGUAAAGCGAUGCUGGAAGAGUCCAGGACUCUUGUGAAGGUCUUCAAGGAAAUGCUUGAGGACGAAGAUGAAACGCCCGACCAAGUAGCUGCCGCCGAAACUGACUGCAGUUAAUUAGGUUUGCGCUAUCGCUAACGUUUGUGUUGGGUGUUCAUUUUUCUAGUGCCUUUCUAGCAUAGUAUUAAUUAGGUUUAAGGAGUUAGUUUGAAUAUCAGAUCAAUGAUUUGCUGCUGUGAAAUACGCAUUUGCAUCACCAAAUUCUCACAUUGUUUAUUACGACUGGUAAGUUUAUUUUUGUAUCAUUAAAAUGUCUGCAAACUG